UAGAACCUGCAACUAAGAUCAAGUGUGUGGAUGAAGUCAGAUCGCUUCUGCUUUCAAGCCCGCCCCCGACCCCAACUAUAAUAAAGCCUGGGUGAGCCACUUAAAUAGCAGAGCGUUCAUACAGCUGAAUCAUCGGCCCACCAGCCUUGGGAGGAGGGGUAAUUAAUCUGCCUAUUUAGGAGGGGCUGCAUUGCGGAGACAGACAGACACAGGCGCACACUCACACUCAGACAAAAGCAAAGCAGAAAAUUCUGCAAGCCUGCCUGCCUCCCAGCUGCAGCAGAAGACGCUUUCGGCACAAAGAAGACCCUGUCAGCUGGGUUAGCAGCCACCAGAUCCAACCUUUCCUUAACACAGGCAGAGAUGCUGGACACGGCGAACAGCCAGUACAACUCCUUCCUCUACUGGAGGAUGCCCAUCCCGGAGCUCGAUCUGGCGGAGCUGGAGGGGCUGGGGUUGACCGACGCGGCGCUCUACAAAGCCAAGGGAGGUGUGGGCAAGCGAUCCGGGGACUGGAAGCAGCUCAGGCAGGACAUCUCCGAGGAAGAUGACGCUCUCCUGCAGUUCAACAGCUUCAAUUUCUGGCGCGCGCCGAUAGCCAGCGUUAGCGCAUUAGAUUUUGAUCUGGUCUGAUGCCAGCGGCCCAGGCACACAACCCGGGUCUUUUUGGUUAGGUCUCUGUGUUGUCCUUUACUUUUAAAGUGGUUGUUGACGAUGCUGAUUAACGAGUCGCCCAGCGAUGACACCUCCAAGGCUUAUUGUCCGUGUUUCCCCAUCCAUCCACCUUCUCUCUUCUCAAGGGUCUGUCUACACAGUCAGAGCAGGUGUAGGCACACCUGAGCUAGCGUUACUCUAGCUAGCGUGGGUAACCAUCGCAGGGUAGAUGCGGCAGGUGGGCCAUUUGUCCAAUUUUAAGCUGUGCUGUGCUGUUUUUCUGUGGUUGGGCCUCUGUCCAGCACUGGGAUAAAGCCAGACAUGGGUUUGUCCAGAAUCAGGAGCAGAGGACAUCCUGUUGAAGAAUCCGCCUCUCUGCCCCUGCCCGUGUGACUGGGGUCAGGGGCAGUGAAGCCUCCCCCAAAGUAGGGGGGUAGGGAUGCAAACCCCCUCCAUGGCACCACCCCUGCCCCUCCUCUUAUCAGCAAGUCCCGACCCCUGGCCAAGCCAGAAGUGGGGCUGGGGAGCCCGGGCCCCUCCACUUGCUCAGGGUACAGGGGGCUUGAGAGUAGCCCCUGACCCUUGUUCCCCACCCCAAGCCCUGCGCCCAGGGAAGGUGGAGGAUCGGUGGCUCCCCUGGGCUUCUGUUUCUGGUCUGGCCAGAGAGCGGGGUCUCAGGGAAAGAGGAAGUGCAGGGACAGGGCCCAUGGCAAAAAGUGGCCCCUGACCCGCCCUGUUCUAGCUCCCCUGACUGGGGUGCUCUUCAACAUGGCAUCCAUAGGGUCACGCCAAAGGGGCAGUUUCACACAGCUGGUGUCGGCUCCAUGCCAUUCCCAGAAGUACUGGAACGUCUGGUAUUUCUGGGGAUGCAUCAGUGGCCCCCUUAACAUCUGGUGGCCCAGGCUAGCCACCCCAGUACUAGCCUGCCAGAAUCCCAGGGUGCCUAUUCAGAUUGCCAGCCCAUGAAGAAGUCCAUCUCACCCUUUUCUACACUGCUAUGGUUACUCACGCUGGCUAGACCAAAUUAACGGGGACAUGCCGAGCCAUUCUGCAGUCACACCUUCACGUGCCCAUGCUGAGCUCAGAAGUGUUGGAAGCCACAGUCAGUUUGUCUUGGUGUGAGCAGGCAUUGUGCCAUCGCUCUGACCAUACCUGUGCGAGAACGUGCUAGAGAACCACCAAGCAGCGGUCGGAUUUGAGCUCACUCCUAUUGUGUUUGAUUAAGAAACGUGCGUGCAAACAGAAGACCACCUCACCUGUCCAAAUUCCCCUCUUAGCUGAAGUCCGAUUGCAUUGUCCUGGGGCGGCGGACACUCCUGCUUCUCUAACCCCCCUGUUCUCAGUUCCCCCACCCUUUCCAUUUAGAUACUCAAAGUUUCUCUGCCGGACAUCGCCAACGGGCCCUUUGUUCUGCUCAAUUCUGAUCAGGCAUAAGGUUCAUUCCUGAAAAGAGUCCCAGCUUCGCCGCCUUGUGCGUCCAAAACCGCAGAGCAAAGAGAAAACCAUCAGUGUGAGAAUUUUGCUAGCAACGUAGAUACAUUUUCAUUAGGAUGCUGAGAAAUUUCUGGGCUGGAGCCUCAGAAGGUGUUGAUGGAGCCGGUUUCCACCAGCCGUAGAUCUGGCCCAUGCUGCCUGACCCACUAAAACCAAAUACAGCCACCACAUCAGUUUUGCCUUAAAGACUUGGGGUUAACUAUUGCUCGGGCUCCCAUCCCCAGAGAUUCCUGCCACAUUGAACAUGGAUUGCAUGUGGGCUGUGAGGACCUGAUUCUGAUGGCCUCGCAGUGCCUCACGUCAUGAGCCAGGCCUGCAUUGGCUUUCUAAAUCCAGGGAGCCAAGUGUUAGUGUGAGGACGGCCGUCAGAACCGGACCCUUACGGCUGGCUCUUGCUGCCCGUAUCACAGGAGAGCCACAGGGUGAAUCCUGUCGCUGGUGAUCAUCUGAUUCCCCCCCCCCCCCCCCUGAAAUAUUUUGGGGCUGUGUCUGAGUAGCCACUCGCCAGUGGGACGAAGGCCUCGGCAGCCUGCUUACUGAGUAGUAGCUGGCACUGCAUGUUACCCUGGUUGGGAUGGCUUUGAGCAGUAAGGCCCAGAGCCACAAGAAUCAUAGGACUGGAAGGGACCUUGAGAAGUCAUCUAGUCCAGUCCCAUGUCUCAUGGAGUAUUCGGAUACUCACGGAGCAGCAAGAGGAUUAGGCAUUGUGCUUUACCCACCCUGCUUCACAGGCAGCUGUGGGGUCCGUCAGUACCGUCCUGCUACUCCUGCCUGGCGUCAGGCUUGGAGCGAGGGGAGAGCCCAGCUCAUUGAAGGCCGCUUGGGGAGGAGAGCAGAUCUCCAGCUCUGGGAGGGCGGCUGAGCCUUCCAGAGCUCAGCCUAGGGAAAGGCAGGAGAGUUGUGGGACCAUGUCGGGGGUCUGUGUCAGCCGUGAAUGACCUGACCCUGCUGCUGAGUUAGUCUGCUGCAAGUGGUGCCCUGCCUGAAGGGGGCGACUGUUUGGGAAUCGACCUUUUGUUUCUUACAUCUGACUGCGGACCUAGCGCUGACUUGUCCGGAGCCUAGAAGCAACCUGACCGAAGCUGCCUAGUGCCUACUGAUUUCAAUGGGGGUUAGGCACCUAAAUACCUAUGAGGAUCUGGGCCUUAGAGGGCUACUAUCUCCAAGUAGCCUCAGGUGAAGAGGUUAAAAAAAAAAAAAAAAAAGAAACCCAAAACAACCCCAAACUGUUUUUCUUCCCCCAAGUACAAAAGAAGUGUCUGCAAACGAGUUUUUUUUUUUUAUGUCUACGUAAAUAAAGAAAGACCCGUUGGCUGGAUUGUUCACACCUGUGCUGGCUCCAGGUAUGAGAAAUAUUAGCCUGAAAGGGAACAGGACAAGAGAGAUGGAAAAGACUGAAGAGAAGGAUUUGUGCUGACGGGUAGCAUUGCUCCAACAUACCUGCUGUUUAUGGUACACGGUGCUGCAAGGGAGGCUAGGAACAUCUAUUCUAUAUGGAGAUUAAUUGUAACAAAUCUAUGGCAAUGUAGGACUUCAUCCAGGUCACCAUGCUGCAUCAGGUGGUUGUUUGGAAUUUCAGGGUGAUAGAGCCACUGCUCCAGGCUUCUACAGCGUGAGCUCAGAGUGAAUUUCCUUUAGCAGCUACCAGUACAGUGUCUAUGACCCACAGUGGAGCAGUUCUGAUUCCACCCACCAGAGGGCAGGGGUGCAGCUGCACCCUGGCUGGUUCUUGAUGUUAUGAUGCUAGUCAGGAAAGUCUCAGUGUGCAGCAACUCAAAGCUUUCCCGGGAGCUUGCAGAGUUUGUGACACAUAGAAGGGAACGAGGCAGCCCGAACUAGUAAAUGGCUGUGAAAAAUUCCACAUACAGAGCAUGGCUAUUUCACCUUCCAAAAAUAGCGAGGCUGCUGACUUUAAGAUGCCAAUUUUAAACUGGAGGUAAAGAAUGUAAACUUUCCUUCGCAGGCCUGUAUGGUUUUGUGUCCCAAGCCAAGAACCCAUGGAAACAGGGGCGAGGUACUUAUAAUGAAACUUUAAAUAAAAUUAGUUUUAAAAAAGUACGCAUUCCUGUGGACACUUAAAAUCCAUACAGACUAGAAUAAAAUGCUCUUCAUAGCUGCUAUUCCCAGCUGCCUUUAAACUGUUUAAAGUUCUUUUAACUAUAUAUGGUAAAUGGACAUGCCAAACCAUGGGUGCGCCUUGUCUGAAAUGCCUGCCUCCUUGCCUGGGGGAGUGAAAAAAUCAAGAGACUUCUCAAAUAAAGGCUCUGCUUCUCCUUUACCCUGCACCAGUGCUAACUCAGUGUAAGAGACAGCUGUGCGGGAAGCGCUUUCUGUUUCACGAGAUAGCCUGCAAUUUUGAAUUUUUUUUUCCCCAUUCCAGAACAAAAACAAAACAAUUAAAAAAUUUCCCGUGAAACAAAAUUUGGAGGGUGGCGGGCCGGGGGACUAUUUUGGGUGGCUUGCAGUGUUUCACUUGGAUUUCAGCUUUUUCAAAAACGUUAUUUUCUGUGGACUAAAGCCAAACGAUUGGACGAUCAUUUUGAAAUGGAACUUGGCACGUUCGGUUCCAGAAGGGGUAAAAUGGAACAUUCCGACCUUAGCGGAAUGCGCCAUUAUAAUUUUGGUUCUGAAGUGAAAUAGUCAAAAUUGACACGUUCCCGACAAACAUUUUGAUUUGGAUGAAACGGCAUUUGCCGAAGGAAAAACGUUCCCCUCAAAAACUUCCCAGCAGCUCUAGUGGCAGACACUGCCAUUCUGAGCAGGGAGCACUUGAUAUCCUCUUGGCCUUGGGGAAAAUGCUAUACAAAGGUGCAGGGUACCAGAGAACUGGGCCCAAACUCUGACAUGUUUAAUGCUCAGUGUGCCUUGCAAAGAGUAAGAAAGCAGGUAAUGAAUGGACGAAAGCUACUAAAUUAAACUGAAACGAAAACCACUGUAUUCUCUAUCCAUCCUUCACUGCUGAUUUGGAGUCAGUGCUGAUAUAAAAGGCCCAGGGAUCGAUUACAGAAACCUGCCUUCAUCUUGGUUUCUGUGUGAAAUCUGAGGUGAUGUCUUCACCCUUCAUGAGACCUUUCUAUGUCCUGAAUUUAGAACCUGGAAUGCUUCCAGGGACAAUAUAUUUCUCAGAUCUCACAGAGAAACGAAGGUGUCCUGAUCAACCAAUACUGUCAAGGGGAGGGUGUGUUUGGUCAAUAGGUACCGGGGACCUAUGGUUCACACACACCAUCUAAUAGAUCGCAGCAACUGUUGAGAACUAGAAAUCUCAAUAUCUGGGUGGGCUAAGUAUCAUACGCUAUACGCAGAAUGUAAUGGUCCUGUACUAUCUCCUAGAGCAUGUGCUGCAGUGUAAGUGUCCAAUAGUCCUUUUACAUACAGAAAGCUGCACAGUACGCACACUGGUCCUGCGUAUGGCUCUCUCGUACAUUGCAAGUUGCAAACGGCUCCCGAGUAAGUUGUGUUAGUAAGGAGUCCUUGUUUUAUCUCCCCUUUCAUAAGGACCGAUGCCUUGUUUGCCUUCACAAAUCGUUCAGUCUUCCACUUGCCCAGCUGUCUAGCACUUCCACUGCCUCUUUGUGUUCUCCAGGAUGGACUGAGCGAAGCCGAUGCCAGGGGUGUUUUCCAAAAUCUUCAAGUGUAACAGUCCCAAACUCUAACUGGUGGCGUCACCUGGCAGCCUGUCACUGUGCUGCCUCUGAACAAACGUUAAUAAAGUAUUUCGCCCCAGAACCACACUAAAUCUUCUCUGUGUGACUAUUACUCCAUGAUUCGUAUUCUUUGAACCAAAAUGUUUAUUGCGGCAACAGAUGCACCAGACUGUCACUCCGCUGCUUUUACUGUCUAUUGCUUUUGCUGGGCAUUUAGGAGUCUGGCAUUUCUGCUAAGAUUUCAGCUGCCUCACCACUUUGUGCUCCAUAAUAUCAUCUUUGACCUUUCUUGCCAUGUCAUAAUAAUAAAAGAGUAUGAAAUUAA